CAACCGGAUGUGUGCAUGUCGUUGUCAUAUGAAUUCAUGGUUCACGUUGUAUCUUAUUGCCGUGGCAGCAUUUCUAGCUACAACAUGGGAAUUGGGAACGACAAGUGACAGUGUCAUGACUGUAUAUCAAGUUUAGUGUAAAACAACAGUGUAGAAAAUAACAGUUUAUGUGCGGGAUCUUAUCCUAGAUCUGUAUUUCUGCCGGAGGUUGGCGGGGGCAAACAGAAGUCACGAUGGUGAAAGAGCAGUUUAGAGAGACUGAUGUGGCCAAAAAAAUAAGCCACAUCUGUUUUGGGAUGAAGUCGGCUGAGCAGAUGAGACAGCAGGCUCAUAUCCAAGUGGUCAGUAAGAACCUGUACAGCCAGGACACCAGCCAUACUCCUCUACCAUACGGCGUACUGGAUCAUCGCAUGGGCACCAGUGAGAAGGAUCGUCCAUGUGAGACGUGUGGGAAGAACCUGGCUGACUGUCUGGGACACUAUGGAUAUCUGGAUCUGGAGAUGCCCUGUUUUCAUGUGGGCUAUUUCAAAGCCAUCAUUGGAAUCCUACAGAUGAUCUGUAAGACGUGUUCUCACAUCAUGCUGACUAAAGAGGAGAAACUACAGUUUAUGGAUGUGUUGAAGAGGCCAGGCCUAGCGUACCUCCAGAAACGAGGAAUGAAGAAGAAGAUAUCCGACAAAUGCCGCAAAAGGACAAUGUGUCUCAAUUGCUCCACGUUAAAUGGACCAGUGAAGAAGUGUGGCUUGCUAAAGAUCCUCCACGAGAAAUACAAGACAACCAAGAAAGUGGUGGACACUGUAGUAUCAGACUUUCUCAACUCAUUCGAUAUCGCAAUAGAACACAACAAAGAAGUGGAGGGCUUGCUUAACAGGGCUCAGGAGAACCUGAGUCCUCUGGUGGUGUUGAACCUGUUCAGGAGGAUUCCAGCGGAGGACAUUCCCCUGCUCCUGAUGAACCCUGAGGCAGGUAAGCCUGCAGACCUCAUCCUCACCCGUCUGCUGGUACCCCCACUCUGCAUCCGCCCCUCUGUCAUCUCAGACCUCAAGUCAGGUACUAACGAGGAUGACCUCACCAUGAAGCUCACAGAGAUCAUCUUCCUCAAUGAUGUCAUCAAGAAGCACCGUAUGUCAGGGGCCAAGACCCAGAUGAUCAUGGAGGACUGGGACUUCCUCCAGCUGCAAUGUGCUCUCUACAUCAACAGUGAGCUCUCUGGCAUCCCCCUCAACAUGGCCCCUAAGAAGUGGACCAGAGGCUUCGUUCAGAGACUCAAGGGCAAACAAGGGCGAUUCCGUGGAAACCUCUCGGGGAAGAGAGUGGAUUUCUCUGGGAGAACGGUCAUCUCUCCGGACCCCAACCUGCGGAUCGAUGAGGUGGCUGUCCCUGUGCACGUAGCCAAAAUCCUGACCUACCCAGAGAAGGUGAACAAGGCCAACUUGGAGAUGCUGAGGAAGCUGGUGCGUAGCGGUCCUGAGGUCCACCCUGGAGCCAACUUCAUCCAGCAACGACACACGCAGAUGAAGAGGUUUCUGAAGUACGGGAACCGAGAGAAGAUGGCCCAGGAGCUGAGGUUUGGAGACGUGGUGGAGAGACACAUGAUCGAUGGAGACAUCGUCCUCUUCAACCGACAGCCCUCUCUACACAAACUCAGCAUCAUGGCUCAUAUUGCCAAAGUGAAGCCUCACAGAACGUUCCGGUUCAACGAGUGUGUGUGCACGCCGUACAACGCUGACUUUGACGGGGACGAGAUGAACCUUCACCUUCCCCAGACAGAGGAGGCCAAGGCUGAAGCCCUGGUUCUGAUGGGGACCAAAGCCAACCUGGUGACCCCCAGAAACGGAGAGCCUCUGAUUGCUGCUAUUCAAGACUUUCUGACAGGAGCCUACCUGUUGACCCUGAAGGACACUUUCUUCGAUAGGUCUAAAGCCUGCCAGAUAGUGGCCUCUAUCCUGGUGGGGGUGGAUGAGAGGAUCAAGAUAGCUCUCCCACACCCUGCCAUACUCAAGCCCAUCACUCUGUGGACAGGGAAGCAGAUCUUUGGUCUGAUCCUGAAGCCCAGUAAGGCCUGUCCAGUCAAGGCCAACCUGAGGACCAAGGGGAAACAGUACAGUGGCAAAGGAGAGGACCUCUGCAGCAACGACUCCUUCGUAGUGAUCCAGAACAGUGAGUUGAUGUGUGGUACCAUGGAUAAGGGCACGUUGGGCUCUGGCUCCAAGAAGAACAUAUUCUACAUCCUGCUGAGAGACUGGGGGCAGCUGGAGGCAGCCAACGCCAUGUCUCGCCUGGCCCGCAUCGCGCCUACAUACCUCUCCAAUCGGGGUUUCUCCAUCGGUAUUGGUGACGUGACCCCAGGCCAGGGUCUGUUGAAGGCCAAACAGGACCUGCUGGAUGGAGGCUAUGCCAAGUGUGACGAGUACAUCGAGGCCCUGAAGACUGGCAAACUGCAGCAACAGCCAGGCUGCACGGCUGAGGAGACGCUGGAGGCCCUCAUCCUGAAGGAGCUAUCUGUUAUCAGAGACCAUGCCGGCAGCGCCUGCCUCAGAGAACUGGACAAAACCAACAGUCCUCUGAUUAUGGCUCUGUGUGGCUCCAAAGGAUCCUUCAUCAACAUCUCCCAGAUGAUUGCCUGUGUGGGCCAGCAGGCUAUAAGCGGCUCUCGAGUGCCCGACGGCUUUGAGAACCGCUCGCUGCCACACUUUGAGAAGCACUCUAAACUUCCUGCGGCUAAAGGCUUUGUGGCUGACAGCUUUUAUUCAGGCCUGACGCCCACGGAGUUCUUUUUCCACACUAUGGCUGGUCGAGAGGGCUUGGUGGACACCGCUGUUAAAACAGCAGAGACCGGAUACAUGCAGAGACGUCUGGUGAAGUCGUUGGAGGACCUGUGUUCCCAGUAUGAUCUGACGGUACGGAGCUCCACUGGUGACAUCAUCCAGUUUGUCUAUGGGGGGGACGGCCUGGACCCGGCCGCCAUGGAGGGGAAAGAUGAACCGCUGGAGUUCAACAGAGUUCUGGACAACAUCCGGUCGGUCCAUACGUGUUCAGAGCAGCCAGCCCUUAGUAAGAAUGAGUUGGUCCUGACAGCAGAGUCCAUCAUGAAGAGGAGUGACUUCAAGUGCUGCCGAGACAGCUUCCUCGAGGCCUUGACAGACACGGGCUCAGAGAAGUAUAUGGAGGAGAUCAAGAAGUUCAUCAAGGCUACAUCUGAGAAAAUCAAGAAGACCAGGGACAAAUAUGGCAUCAACGACAAUGGCACCACAGAGCCCAGAGUUCUGUAUCAGUUGGACCGCAUCACUCCCAGCCAGCUAGAGAAGUUUCUGGAGACCUGCAGGGACAAGUACAUGAGAGCUCAGAUGGAGCCGGGCUCAGCAGUAGGAGCCCUGUGUGCCCAGAGCAUUGGGGAGCCUGGCACCCAGAUGACCCUGAAAACCUUCCACUUUGCUGGGGUAGCCUCCAUGAACAUCACCCUGGGGGUCCCACGCAUCAAGGAAAUCAUCAACGCCUCCAAGAACAUCAGCACACCUAUAAUCAGCGCUCACUUGGAUGUUGACGACGAUGCAGACUUUGGCCGACUGGUGAAAGGGAGGAUUGAAAAGACCCUUCUGGGAGAGAUUUCAGAGUACAUUGAAGAGGUGUUUUUGCCAGACGACUGUUUCAUUCUGGUCAAGCUGUCACUGGAAAGGAUCAGACUGCUACGACUAGAGGUGAAUGCAGAGACAGUCCGCUACUCUAUCUGCAUGUCUAAGCUGAGAGUGAAGCCUGGAGACAUAGCUGUACACGGGGAGGCAGUGGUCUGUGUAUCUCCCAGGGAAAACAGCAAGAGCUCCAUGUACUACGUCCUCCAGUCUCUAAAGGAUAACCUGCCCAAGGUGGUGGUACAGGGUAUCCCCGAGGUGUCCAGAGCUGUCAUUCACAUCGACGAGCAGACCGGCAAGAACAAGUACAAGCUGCUGGUUGAGGGAGACAACCUACGCAGCGUCAUGGCAACCCACGGUGUCAACGGCAACAGGACCACUUCAAACAACACCUAUGAGGUUGAGAAGACGCUUGGGAUCGAGGCUGCUAGGUCCACCAUCAUCAAUGAGAUCCAGUACACCAUGGUGAACCACGGCAUGAGCAUCGACAGGCGACACGUCAUGCUCCUGGCAGACCUCAUGUCCUAUAAGGGUGAGAUCCUAGGUAUCACCAGGUUUGGCCUGGCUAAGAUGAAGGAGAGCGUGUUGAUGCUGGCGUCCUUUGAGAAAACUGCCGACCAUCUCUUUGAUGCUGCGUACUUUGGUCAGAAGGACUCAGUCUGUGGUGUAUCUGAAUGCAUCAUCAUGGGAAUCCCCAUGAACAUCGGUACAGGACUGUUCAAGCUCUUACACAAGGCUGAUAAGGACCCCACGCCACCCAGGAGACCCCUGCUCUUCGACAGCACCGACUUCCACAUCCCCUUGGCUACAUAGUAGAACCCUGGGCUCGUGUCUGUCCCAGUAGAACCCUGGGCUCGUGUCUGUCCCAGUAGAACCCUGGGCUCGUGUCUGUCCCAGUAGAACCCUGGGCUCGUGUCUGUCCCAGUAGAACCCUGGGCUCGUGUCUGUCCCAGUAGAACCCUGGGCUCGUGUCUGUCCCAGUAGAACCCUGGGCUCGUGUCUGUCCCAGUAGAACCCUGGGCUCGUGUCUGUCCCACACCCAACAUCUAAUAAUGCAAAAUAAUAUGGUCAUUUAGUAGAUGCUUUAAUCCAAAGGCAGCUACAGUUACAUAGUGGCACGUCUGCAGUAUAUGUGGCCAUUGUGGGAAUCAAACCCACAACCCUUACUGAUCUGAUCAAGGCACUCUCACCUCAUUGUAUAUGCUUCGUUUGCUAUCAAUGAUUGACAGUUGGUGUGUGUGUGUGUGUGUGUGUGUGUGUGUGUGUGUGUGUGUGUGUGUGUGUGUGUGUGUGUGUGUGUGUGUGUGUGUGUGUGUGUGUGUGUGUGUGAUGGAGCAAAGAGAGCAUGGGGCACAUACACAAGGAGUGCCUUAACGUGAAGCUUUUGUUUUCUCUCCAUGAAGCAUCUUCCUUUGGCUUUCUGUUUAUUGUGUUAUUUUAUACCACUUCUUCUCAUUCACAGGACUACAGAGAGAAGUGCCUGUCAAAACGUCUCCAGCUCUUCCACAAUGGAAGACUGACGUUCACCUGUUUUUAUUUGUUUAGUCGUGGACUCAUGUUCCUCGUUUGUUUUCCAUGCUUUCCCUUUCUGAAUUUACAAUAAAGUGUGCUUGACGCUGGAAAGAGUGAAGCGUUGAAGUCACUGAUUUGAUUAGAAAUAUGGUUUGAUGUUGUUCACUGGCUGAAAGGAGCCUGUUCCCAGGUCUGUAAAGUAUGUGCUUGAGCCAACUCUUCUGACUGUCAUUGCCACACAGCUUUGUUAUGCCCUUCAUGUUUGGUUUGACACUGAUUGAACAACCUUGAGAGGAGUUGGCUGAAGCACAGAGGCAUUUGGAGCCUGCUUACAAUGAACCCUGUGUAUACUAUAUGAUGGCCUUGGAUGCCCAGGCUUCACUCCUGAUGUCUCUUAAGGUGAGGUUACUAUAUGGUGACUGUUCUCUAAAACCUCAGUGGCUUUUUGUGUUUACUGCUGGCUUGAUUUUUUUCAGUGUUUAAAACAUCCCUCUUACUGUAUGUAUGGAUGUCUUUAUGGUUUAAAACAUCCCUCUACUGUAUGUAUGGAUGUCUUUAUGGAUUAAAACAUCCCUCUUACUGUAUGUAUGGAUGUCUUUAUGGUUUAAAACAUCCCUCUUACUGUAUGUAUGGAUGUCUUUAUGGUUUAAAACAUCCCUCUACUGUAUGUAUGGAUGUCUUUAUGGAUUAAAACAUCCCUCUUACUGUA